AUGUCGACUAAGUUUCAUCGAACUAUCCUCACAACAGGCGGAGCCUCUGGGAUACCAGUGAAGUCAUUCGCUACACAGUGGGGAGCAAAUCAAUUCCCACCUAUUUACUCGUUUGUCUUCAACGUAGCCCUGCAAUUCUUUGGGCCUGUCCAAUACACCGUCGAUGGAUUCGAGAAGACUUUUGCAAUCAGUCAUAUAGGACAUGCGCUUGCAUUCUCGUUCCUUCGCUGUCACCUGGCCGAUACCGCUAGGAUAGUGGUCGUUAGUAGCGGAACACACGACCCUGCUCAGCAAUCUGGCAUGCCGGAUGCUUACUACUCGUCUGCCGAAGAGCUAGCCCAUCCGACAGAGCAAUCUAGCCAGAACAAGGGCCGUCAGCGCUACUCAACCACCAAAUUGACCAACAUCCUAUACACCUAUUCUCUUCAUCGCCGAUUUGAAGCUAUCAACCAGAAAGCUGGAAAACACUGGACGGUCGUUACCUUCGAUCCUGGCAUGAUGCCUGGGAAGGGAGACUGGACUCGCACGCGAUGGUUCUGCAAUCGAAAGGUUCUUAUGGGUGAAACUCUUGCCGAAGGUUAUACCUCUUUUGCGUCUCUUGAUACAUCCAAACAUCCAGACUCUGGAAUAUUCGGGUCGGAUGAUGGCUCGAUUGGGAAUGGAGCGUACUAUGAAGGCCCGAAGCGGAUAAAGUCUAGUGAGGCGAGCUAUGACAAAGCUAAGCAAGAGGACUUGUGGCAAUGGACGGUCAAGACGCUAGCAGAUAGCGAGUUUGAUAUGGCAGCUUUGGAUCUUCGUGACUUGUUGUAA